AUGUCAAAUUACGCAGAGAGAAAAAGUGUUAGAUUCGGCGUGAACACAGAAGUUCAGCUGGAUCUUUUUAAUAUUCCAGGUAACGUCUCUACAGCCCACUGUGUUGUCCAAGAUCUUGAGAUGACUAAAGAAAUCUCAUACGCAUUUUAUAAGAAGUUCGGUAUUUUGGAUGAGUUAAAAAAUCAGCAGCCUAAAGUUGGAAAAGUAUUGAGAUUAGAAAAUGGUCCUUGA